GGUCUACCGAACAGGCAUCAAGAUUAUUAUUGACUUUUCCUACGAGUAGAAUGUCUGCCGGGAUAACCGUCAACGGCAACCGAACCAUUGAACAUUUCUGUCCUACUACGAGCGUGCUGAGUGCGUGGUGGUAAAAUUUCGCAAAUGUUCGCGUUUAAAUAUCUGCCGUCCAUUGAGUCAGAAUUUGUAGACUAGGUGUGUGCUUUCAUCUUUCUGAUGAAAUGUGUGACGAUGUUUCGGUGAUGGGGUGCUGCUGGCUGGCGUUUGUCUUUUGAUAAUCGUGCGUCAGUUCUAUCUCGCUAAAAUGCAAAAGGAGAAUAGCGGAUCCAACGAUCAACAGCAGUUUGUUGGUCCCUAUCGACUGGAGAAAACUCUCGGCAAGGGACAGACAGGUCUUGUGAAGCUGGGAGUUCAUUGUGUGUCAGCGAAAAAGGUGGCCAUCAAGAUCAUUAAUCGCGAAAAACUCAGUGAAUCUGUACUCCUCAAGGAUGCAUUAGGGAAGAAUGCUAUGGGAUUACGACAUCCCCCCAUUUUUUACGUGGAGAGAGAAAUUGCAAUAAUGAAGCUAAUCGAUCAUCCCCAUGUUCUUGGAUUGUCAGACGUUUAUGAAAAUAAAAAAUAUCUAUACCUUGUACUGGAACAUGUCUCUGGAGGUGAACUUUUUGAUUAUCUUGUAAAGAAAGGUAGAUUAACACCAAAAGAAGCUCGACGGUUUUUUAGACAAAUUAUAUCAGCCUUGGAUUUUUGCCAUAGCCAUUCUAUAUGUCACAGAGACUUGAAGCCGGAAAACCUUCUACUUGAUGAGAAGAACAACAUAAAAAUAGCUGAUUUCGGUAUGGCUUCCUUACAACCUGGAGGCAGUAUGUUAGAGACAAGCUGUGGGUCCCCUCACUAUGCAUGUCCAGAAGUUAUUAGGGGUGAGAAAUAUGAUGGUAGAAGAGCCGAUGUUUGGAGCUGUGGAGUGAUACUCUAUGCACUUCUGGUCGGAGCUCUACCAUUUGAUGAUGAUAACCUACGCCAAUUGUUGGAAAAAGUAAAAAGAGGAAUAUUCCAUAUACCACAUUUUGUUCCACCGGAUUGCCAAAAUCUGCUUAGAGGAAUGAUUGAAGUCAAUCCAGAAAAGAGAUUAACACUGACUGACAUAAACAGACACCCUUGGGUGACCGCGGGGGGAAAGGGUGAGAUGGAGUUAGAACUGCCCAUGAUGGAAGUGGUGCAAACACAUGUUAUUCCGUCCACAGAAGAUAUCGAUUCUGAUGUUCUCCAAGCCAUAACAUGUUUAGGAUGCUUCAAGGAGAAGGAAAAACUCAUCCAAGAGCUGCUCAACCCCAACCAUAAUACUGAAAAGGUUAUUUAUUUCCUACUCUUGGAACGGAAAAGAAGAAGACCAGCUUUGGAGGAUGAAACAGAACAAGUUGUAUCUCGAGUGAGGGCAGAGUCAAGUGAUCCUCCCAGGAAGAGAGUGGACACGUGUGUGAUAAAUGGAUCAAACGCCAAGCAGUUUGGUCAAAUCAGCGAAGGUUCACCAGUCACACCGAGGCGUCAACCUUUCCAGGCUAGGCACCAUAACAGACGUGGCAGUCAUUCGAACCAUCUUAAUGCUCCUCUUCAUUCAUCAUCAAACUUUUUAAACAAUACACCAGCAUCGCCUCUGCCUCAAAGGGCAACAUCCCCACAGACCCAACAAUUGAUACCACAACAACAAACAUCGGUUGCUAUGCAACAACAAACAUCUGUUGCUUUGCAACAACAACAGCAGCAACAACAACAGCAGCAACAACAACGUCAGAAGAAUCAACAGAUGAGCAGUCAACAGCCGCUAUCACCUCAGUUGGGACGCAUCACAAUUGGUCAGCAAAUCAACUCAAUCACACCUUCCUCGCUCUCUCAGUCACAACCAACUAACACCACUCAUUCCAACGAUCAUACCAGCGUUAUACCAAGUCAUGUAAUGGUGUCUACAUCGCCACAUACUUCCAAUCACUGGAGAUCUCGUCUCACUACUAUCAAGAACAGUUUCCUAGGUUCGCCCAGGUUUCAUCGACGGAAAUUGCAAGAAGACUGUAGAGUACUGGAGACACUUUUCAUCAAAUUUUCUGAAAAUUUUCACAACUUUGGCCAGGGGUGGAAUGAAAGAUCAGAUCCACCAGCAUCUUCGGAUGAAGUCAGUUUGACACCAGAAUCGAGUCCAGAAUUGACGAAAAAAUCCUGGUUUGGGAGCUUGAUGACAUCGGAGAAAGAUGAAACGUUCACUAUACUAGUUUCUGGAAAACCUCUAGCUUCAGUCAAAGCCGAUCUGAUACACGCAUUUCUAUCUAUUUCGGAGUUGAGUCACAGUGUGUCGAGUGCAAUGUCAUUCAGGGUCGAAUACAGGAGAGCGACUCCGGGAGCAGCCAUGUUCCAGCGCCAGGUUCGAUUUCAAGUCGACAUCUCCUGCGUGUCGAAACCCACUCCUCCCAAGGAAUAUCUGUAUGCCAUCACAUUUACACUGCUUUCAGGAAAUAUCCGGCGAUUCAGAAGGGUAUGCGAGCACAUUCAGUCACAAGUCUGCAGUAGAAGACCUCCGUCUUCACCACGCGCUUCUAGAAAAUUAACUUCUGAUCUUUCAGAGAGCAGUAGCUGUGGCUCAGAUACAUCAGAUAGAUUGUCCCCUUACUCCAAUACUCGUCAGGUUGAAUCAGAUAUAGAAUCAGAAAGCAGCGUGUUCGAUGUGAAGUCUCCGCACAACGAUUGUCUAUCUCUGUCCAACAUGAGUUCAGGCGGCAGAAGAAGAAGCAGCAGUGUGGUCAACAAUAACAAUAACAAUAAUAACAGUCGGGGUGGCAAUGGUGGGGGGGACUUGACUUCCCUGGAAGCUGCUCCCCCUCUUCCCAUCAGGUCGACUAGUGAGAGGAACAAUGCAACCAGCAACCUAUCUUGAGUAGAAUAGACUUGUUGCCACUGGUACAUCUACGCUACGAACUGUGUUCUCAUAGUUACAUUGUUAAAAUAAUAUAAAAACUCAUUAAUUAUUGCUGCAGUUAAAUAAUGGACAAAUUGACUCAUGUUUGGUGUGAAUUUGGCACAUUCAGACAGUGCUAAAUUGUUGUACAAAUAAUGAAUCCUAGUGAAAGUGAAUGAAAUUUAAUAAUUAUUGCUAUAAUGUUAGUAAAUGAUUCAUAUUAAACCUACUAAGUAUAUUAUAUUUUAUCUAGUUUGCAAUCAUAAAAUCUAUACGUUCAGAAUGUUUCUUCCACUUCUUGCCAUCAUGAAAUAUUCCCAUUUAAUGUUUUGGAGAAAUUUUAUUUUUCGAAAUAAUCAUCAAUCUUUCUAUGUUUUAUACUACAGAAUUUAUCAUAGUUUUAUGAAGAUCUCAUCCUAUCAAUAAUUCAAUUUCACUUGUCAACCAGGGCUACUUUACUCGAAUUCUUGAUAGUUUGAAGAGUAUGGAAUUUUUCCAAAACUUAUCCUGUACAUUUAUGAGUGGUCAAUAUUAUCCAAUGUAGAAUAAAAUUUCCACAUUCAGAACAGAUCUUACAUGUUUUGUGAAUUAUGGUGUUCCAAGACUAGUUUCUUGUAACAUCUUGUAACAUCUAACAUCUCCCCCAUAAAUAUUCAAAAAGUAACUAAAAUAAGUGCAAUGCUCUGUUGAUAUUGUUUUAGCACUUUCAUUGAUUCAUGGUAUCAUUUUAGGCACCACUUAAAAAGAACUCAUUACUUGAGGCACCACUUGAAUGGAGGAACGAAUACCUAAUUUUUUACUAAUUCAAGUGAAUGGAUUGGAGUGAAUUUAACUUUAUAAUAAUAUAGAGUGAUUUAAAAUGAAUGUCCCCAUUUCAAACAAUUAUAUUUAUGAAAUAACUAUACAUCAAACCAAUUAAUUUCAUAUAAAAUUACUCACAGAAUCAACAAGUUCAUGGUGGUGGAUUAUGAUUGUUCUAUUUGCCUUCCUUUUGAGAAUCGGACGACAUCUACAAAAAAGUAGUGUCCAUAUCCAUCUAGGAUCACCAUGGUUUGUAAAAAUGCACAAAAAACGUUCACUUGGGCGAAUCUCAUUCUUAGCUAUGGGGCAACGUUUCAUGUAAGAGGUUAGUCAUUCGACAUGAUGUUUGUAUAUGGGGAGCCGGAAACCCACAUCAGACAGCGGAGCGUGAUCGAGACUCUCCCAAGUGAACGUUUUCUGUGCAUUUUUCACAAUCCAUGGUAUAUGGACCAUACAUUUUGCUUACAUUUUCUGUGUCUGAGCCUCAAAAGGCUCACAUGGAACACUUACAAUACACCAUUAUCAACUUUAUGAUUCUGUGAGUAAUUUGAUGGGAAAUUGGUUUGUGUGCAUCGUUCUUUAGAAUAAAUAUAUAAUUGUUUGAAAAUGGGUCUAGAAAAUAAUACAUUAGCAUUGCAAACUUUGUUUGCGAACAAACAUCAAAUUUGCAAAAAAUAAUUUAAAGAAACUGUAAACAGUCCAUAACUAUGAGAUAAAUUUAAUCUACAUCGAAAUAAUUUUUUUGGAACUUAAUAACCGAUUAUGAGGUAAAGUAGCUUCUGUUGACAGAGCCCACUCAAUAUUUUUCAAGACAAAUAUAUUUUUAUAUAAGUUACAAUCACCCCACACCCUGUCCAUACUAAUAGCCAAACUAUAAAUUAAUAUUCAUAAAGUUCAUUCAGAAUAUGUCCCAAUACUACAGUUAGGGACUCUAAAAGCUGUAGAUUGCUCGUUAUAGUAGGAAAUGUAUUUCAGCUUCGCACUGUUAUGCUUCUAUAACUUAAUCUGAAACAUCAGGCAUUCGAAAUUUAAUUUGUAAUAUUGGUUUUAUAUUCAUAUCAAUGAGUGUCAUAUCUGAAACUAAGAAAUAAAAAUAUAUCAUUCGUAAUAAAGUGAAUAGGAUGCUUGAUGGCAACAUCUAAUAAUUCCUCAUAUCAAUCAAUGCUAAUAAUAAUAUUGCUUUUUUGCUUUUAAAAUAAAUAACUAAACAUUUAUAGAAUCACUCACUUAUGAGAAAAUUGUUUAUGGGUUUUAAAAGGGAUUCAUUAGUUAAGUAAAUUUUCAAAAUAUUAUUUUUUAGAAACUGGCUCAGUAUUUUAUUUGUAUUUCUUACUUUAUAAUUUUUCUGUCAGUCAUACUGUAUUUCUAUCCAAUUUUGAUACCACUUAUUCACAGGUUGAAGGCUUUAGAUUUAUCAUCAAGUAAUAUCAUUGUUCAUGUCUAUCCUAGUGAUAACAAAAUAAACUAGAUAUUGAAUAUCAUCUGAAUAUCAUAUGAAAUGUUCCUAUAUUUUUGUUGAGAAUAACGGUUCCAUAUUUUUAUGAACUUUAGAACAAAAGAAGAUAAUUCUCUUCAAUUAAAACCUCUCCUUCCUUGUUCAGAAAUGCAUUCAAAAUUGUAUAUUGAAUGUAACGUUUUCCUUUAUUAUCUUAUUCAGUGACUAUCUCAAAAACUUGAUACAACUGGAAAUUUGUUUGCAAACAAGACUAGAAUCAAUUCACAUGUUGAUGAAAAUUAAAAUCGUUGAUUCCAAAAUCACACUUAUUGUUUAUAGUUAAUACAUUGACCUUAGUUAAGCACUUAUCCUAGUCAAUAUUUCUGAGAAAUAUUCCACACUUACACAAUAUGUUGGAUGGUGAAAUAGAAUAAGUGCAAUAUUGUUAUUGAAUGACAGAAGACAUUGUCUAAUAUUAUAUUAUAAAAUAAUUUUCAAAAUUUCACCAAUUGAAAAGUAUUGAAGAGAUGCGAAAAUUGAACAGUGUUGGCAGAUGAUCUGAAGAACUUACUUUGUAACUGCAUGAAUUCAAUAUAGUAAUGCUGCAUUUUGUUCGUAAUUUUUGCUCACCUUCUCUAGAAAAUAUUAUUCUAUCACACAUAACAAUAUCUUUAUUAGAUUUUUUUUAUAAAUCAUUGAAGAACUCCAAGCGACCAGGUCGUACAAAAGACUGAUUAUACAAAAAAGAUAGACUUGUUUUCGCAAACACUCAUCGCAUUCUCUUUUAUUUUUGAAUUUUGAGAUUUUUAUUGAAUAUUGAGUGUUUCUUCAGUCAAUGGACAAGAGAGGAUAUUGGAAAUAGGAUGAUAGGGCACCUUUUUGAAAAUAUUUUGAUGCGAAAUAGGCUUUUAUUCUAGACAAAAAAAUGUCUUAUUUGUGACAAUAUUGUAUAUUGAAAAUAAUGCAUUGCUUUCGAUUAAUGUAGUUUAUUUAGACAUCACACAUUAUGCAUCUUCUUAUAAUCCAAAGAAGGGCCUAAUUGUGCAAAGCACCAAAUAUUGUAUAGGAAUUGAGAAACAUGUUAGUGUCCAAAAUUCAAGUGUUAACUAUCAUUUCCCACGUUUAAUUCUUUUAGUACCGUAUAUGAAUUUAACUGUUACCCAUCAUUUUUCAUGUUUUUAUUGUUUUAAUAUAUGAAUGUAGUACCAUGUAUUUAUUUUAUUAUUUAUAGAAGCAUUCCUGAAAUAUCAAUUCAUGUUUUGAGUGAGUCCUUAGAUCACUCUCAAAUUUAUUGUUGAAUGGUAAUAAAAAUAUUAAUGCAAGUGUUACCUAUAAUUUCCGAUGUUUUUAUCGUUUCAAUAUAUACGAGUACAUGCCGAAACAUGCAGUUAUUUUGUUAUUUAAAUAAUCAUACCUACAAAUAUAAUCAAUUUAUGUUUACUACAUCCCUACAUCAUACAGAAAUUGUUAAAUGGUAAUGGUUACCAGUGUUAUAUCGUUAUCAUAUAAUAAUUAGGUCUUGUUAUGAUACAAAUAGAGGUAUCACUAUGAUCAAUUUACAGACUUUCGACAUAGUGAGCGUGCAAUUUUAUUUAUAUUAUUUCAAAGUAAUUAUAUUGAUACCAAUCA